GUGGGCACUUUGAAUAACUAGUUUAGUACGUUAACAUAUCUUUUUAUUCUACAUAAUCACAUAUAAAACUUUAAAAUAAAAUUAUUUUUUUACUAAUUAUGGGAUAUUUUCUUUGUAACAGAACUUAUGGCUAGACUAGGUAUAUUGCUAAAUGAUUGCUACGGGGGCGCCGAGAAAAUUAUAUCCCUGUUACGUCCCCACUGCAGGGGCCUCAGGCCUUCCUUACGGAUGGUUAAGAAGGACGGUCAAUAAUCGUCCUCGCUGGCCCAAUGUGGAUUAGAGGGUAUUAACGACUACAAAAUGUUGCCGGGACCAACGGCUUAACGUGCCUUCCGAAGAACAGAGUAGUAUAAGUAGAGUAUUCAUAAAAUUUCGAGGACUCAAUCACAGACAAUUCAAACAGUUCCUUGAUGACAUCCAAAGCGAAUACGGAGAUUUACUGUAUUAAACAGAAGUAAGAUGGCUGAGUCGUUGAUUGACAUUGUAAUGAUUUCUAAAUUUAAUAGAAGAAAUGGAAAUAUUUCUGGCGGAAAAACAAAGGCUUUUUUAGUUGACAUUACAAAUCAUUUGAAUGUCUUGAAUACACGACUUCAAGGCAAAAAUCAACUGAUAUCCCAGCUCUACGCUCAUGUAUCAUCCUUUCAAUGCAAUCUGACAUUAUUCAGAUCACAAUUUAAUUCUGAAAAUUACAAUCAUUUUCCGAAUUAUAAGAAAAUGGCUGAAAAAUUCAACAAAACUGCGAUUAAUGUCAGUUAUGUAGAAAAGCUAGAUAUUUUGAUUCAAUCUUUUCAAGACAGAUUUUCGGAGUUUAAAAAAGUGAAACCUCUGUUGGACAUAUUAAGCAAUCCUUUUACGAUUUCGGUUGAAAAUGCGCCAGAGUCAAUGCAGCUAGAAAUUAUCGACAUUCAAACGACCAAGAUAUACGCAACAAAUUCAACGAAGGAGACUCGCUGA